CUCUUGGCAGCUCUAGAUUGUGUGGUACCAAGUGACUAACCUGGGUCAGCAAUGACAUCCACUCUUCAAGAAUUCAUCCACUCUCUGAAUCCCAGAACCCUCCCAAGAGUCCUUCAGAUCCAGUCAGGCAUCUAUUUCCAAGGUUCUGUUUAUGAAAUGUUUGGAAAUGAAUGCUGUCUAUCAACAGGAGAAGUGAUCAAAGUAAAUAGUUUCAAAAUAAAGAAGAUCAUGGCUAAUACUUGUAAGGAAAAUGAAGAUGGCCAAUGUUCUCCCAAAUUUGAACUACCUCUAAAUUUUCCAGGUCUUUUCAAGAUUAUGACUGAUAGGAUACCGUAUCAUACAAUGAGUGACAUUACAAGAGCAGUUUAUAUUGGCCCAAAUCGGCUAAAUCACCCUUGCUUCUACUAUCAGAAGAAUAUUAACUUGGGGAAUCUCACCAUCAGCCCCGGUGAACCCAUCAUGCUCAACUCCAUGGAAGAGAUUAAUGGAGAAAUGAUGGUGAACUGUGGUGUGGUAAGGAACAAUCAGACUCAUUUCUUUACCAUACCUUUGUCACAAGAAGGAGAGUUUUAUGAGUGUGAAGAUGAACAUAUGUAUACACUAAAAGAAAUUGCGGAGUGGAAGAUUCCAAAGAGCAGGAAACGGAUUGUGAAAUUUAGAGAUAUUUCCAAUAAAUGGAACUCCAUUUAUCCAUUUCCUGAGGAUUUUGAUGGUUUGCUUAGUCUCACACCCAUCUAUGAAAUACAGGCAGUGAUGAAAUUCCGAAAGGAUAUAGUUCGUAUCCUCUCUGACCUUGAUGUGGAAGUUAAAGAUGUGACUGACUGCUAUGAUGCUAAGUGUUUCCUUCAGCUCCUAUCUACUGAAGAUCUUUUUGAAAAAACUAGCAAAGAAUUCCCCAUGGCAGUUGAAGUGAUAGAAGGCCCUCAAGGGAAUCCACUGGGUAGCGGCUUAUUGCAACCUGGGAAAACCAUUGUCAUCCACAAAAAGUAUCAGGCAUCGAGAAUCUUAGCUUCAGAGAUUAGAAGUGAUUCCCCCAAAAGACAUUUCUUGAUUCCAGCUAGCUACAAAGGUAAAUUCAAGCGGAGACCUCGAGAGUUUCCUACUGCCUAUGACCUGGAGAUAGUGAAGAGUGAUAAAGAACAGCUCCAUGUGGUAGCCACAAAAAGCUUUGAUUCUCCUUAUGAGGAGCUGUCGUCUGUGUCUGUGGGGGACCAGUUUUUAGUUCAGUGCUCACAGACCAGUGAAGUUCUGUGUAAGGGGAUCAAAAAGGAAGUGGGUGUUCUGGCUUGUGAAAAAAUCCUCAAAAAGGCCUGUGAAUCUGUUCUUUUACCACUGUACAUGGAAGGUGGCUUCAUAGAAGUUAUUCAUGACAAGAAGCAGUACCAGCUUUCUCAGUUGUGUGCUCAGUUUCGCUUGCCUUUUAAUGUCAAGGUCUCUGUGAGGGACCUUUCUAUUGAAGAUGACAUUUUGGCCGCCAUACCUGGCCUGCAGCUGGAGGAAGAGAUCACAGAUUCUUAUCUGCUCAUCAGUGACCUUACUAACCCCAGUGAGAGCUGGGAGAUUCCUGUCAGCCGCCUGGGUAUGUCUGUCCAAUUGGUUAGCAGUUCAGUUGAUGUCAUUGACUCAUUUCCAGUACGAACCACUGUAGAAGAAAUCAGUGAAGAAGAGUACUACAUGAUAAGGAGGUAUGAAAACUUAGCCUUACAUCCACCACCUCGACCUCCCAAAAAUCCCUCCAUAAUGGAAAGAAAAUCAAAUUUUCUUGCUCCUCCCAAGCUAAAUAUCAUGGAUCCACCAAAAUCUUCCAAGGGACUAAGAAUUGGAAAUUGAAGAGGAGAUGGCUGAAUAAAUUAUGAACCUUCCAAAAUGACUAAUACCUGCAAUAAUGAGAAAAAACUGAAACCACUUGAAAAUUGAAAAAUGUACCUGAAAAAAAUGCUUCAGCUUUGUCUUCUGAGAAUCAUCUAAAGCUUAAAUCAGCUGUCAUCACAAUCAUCCCCUAGAGUAAUUUGACUGACAUACAUAGAAUAUUAAAAACCCAGGAGAUAUAACAAGUUUGAUCUAGUGACUUAAAAAAAAACCUAUGGCCAGAAAUUAAUAUCUACUAAUGUUAAAAUUUUCACUGUAAUUUAGGCACUAACUUAUGAAAUGUGCACAUGCAUUUCUUUCAUUAUGUAUUUUAUAUAAAUGAUAUCAGUAAAUUUUAAAAAUUAUGAUAUUACCCAAUUUCCUAGAACGUCACAAAAUCACCCUGAAAUGAAGCAACACAAUUAGACACAAACAUCUCAAAACCCUUCAACUGAAAUUGUCAAAAAAUUCAUUUUGCUAUUUCUCCAUUUUUUUCUUUCCUUUUGUUAAAUGGGGGGAAAUAAAAAGUUUAUAAAAUUUUAAAAACA